GCAAAAUCCAAACUCCAGAACAUGAACUUUGAGCAUAAUUUACUUGUCCCUUGUGUGAUGAAAAAUGUUCCCAUUUUGCAAGAAAUCUAAGACACUCUGGGCUCUGUCCUUUGGCCACAUUGUUGCUCCUCAAAUGGAGAAACCCGGACCCGGUGCUUCCCAGUAACACAAAGGAAGGAUUUUCCUGGAGACUCCCCUGGAAUCGACGUCCCACCAGGCAGUGGGAAGAGGCAGAACAAUGAGGAUUUUCCCCAUUCUGGGUUGGAUGCUUUUCCCAGGCUGCUGGGCGGUGACGGGCCCCGGGCCAGUGUGCGCCCCCCCGGGCGGGUCGGUGGCUGUGCAGUGCCGGUACCGGGCGGGCUAUGAGCAUUAUCAGAAGUUCUGGUGUCGGGCAGGAAGUUUGUUCUGUUCCGACGGGCGUCACAUCGUCGAGACCAACGGGUCAGAGGCAGAGGUGACACGGGGCAGAGUCUCCAUCCGAGACAAUCGCACCCAGCGCGCGUUCACCGUGACCGUGGAGAACCUGACACCGGCAGACGCCGGCACGUACCAUUGCGGGGUGGGGAGACCUGGGCUCCUUGAUCUCAGGGCCACUGUGGAACUCACCAUCUCCCCAGGUAAAUCCCGGCGCGGAUCUUACAGGUACCGCGGGGGGCGGGGCCCGCAGCCAGGCAGGCCGGCGUCCGGCGCUCUGGACACGCAAAGCCUCUGGGCUCCGCGGGGCUGCAGCGCUGGGCACAUGUGUGCGGGGGGGCACCGGGGUGCUGCCCUGGAGAGUCCGGUUUAG